AUGCUGAGCAGCGUUUGGUUCCUCAGUAUGUUAACCGUGGCCGGGAUCUUACAGACGGAGAGUCGCAAAACUGCCAAAGACAUUUGCAAGAUCCGCUGCCUGUGCGAAGAGAAGGAAAAUGUACUGAAUAUUAACUGUGAAAACAAAGGAUUUACAACUGUCAGCCUGCUCCAGCCCCCCCAGUAUCGAAUCUAUCAGCUUUUUCUCAAUGGAAAUCUCCUGACCAGACUGUACCCAAACGAAUUUGUCAACUACUCCAACGCCGUGACUCUUCACCUGGGUAAUAACGGGCUGCAGGAGAUCCGAACGGGGGCAUUCAGCGGCCUGAAAACCCUCAAGAGACUGCACCUCAACAACAACAAGCUCGAGGUAUUGAGGGAGGACACUUUCCUGGGCCUGGAGAGCCUUGAGUACCUCCAGGCUGACUACAAUUACAUCAGUGCCAUUGAGGCAGGGGCAUUCAGCAAACUUAAUAAGCUCAAAGUGCUCAUCCUGAAUGACAACCUUUUGCUGUCGCUGCCCAGCAAUGUGUUUCGCUUUGUCCUGCUGACCCACUUAGACCUGCGAGGGAACAGGCUGAAAGUAAUGCCUUUCGCUGGUGUCCUUGAACAUAUCGGAGGGAUCAUGGAGAUUCAGCUGGAGGAAAACCCAUGGAAUUGCACUUGUGACUUACUUCCUCUCAAGGCCUGGCUGGACACCAUAACUGUUUUUGUGGGGGAGAUUGUCUGUGAAACUCCCUUUAGAUUGCAUGGAAAAGAUGUAACCCAACUGACCAGGCAAGACCUCUGUCCCAGAAAAAGUGCCAGUGACUCUAGUCAGAGGGGCAGCCAUGCUGACACACACGUCCAAAGGCUAUCACCUACAAUGAAUCCUGCUCUCAACCCAACCAGGGUUCCAAAAGCCAGCCGACCACCUAAAAUGAGAAACCGUCCAACUCCCAGAGUGACUGUGUCAAAGGACAGGCAGAGCUUUGGCCCCAUCAUGGUAUACCAGACCAAGUCCCCUGUGCCCCUCACCUGCCCGAGUAGCUGUGUCUGCACCUCUCAGAGCUCAGACAAUGGUCUAAAUGUAAACUGCCAAGAAAGGAAGUUCAGUAAUAUCUCCGACCUGCAGCCCAAACCCACCAGUCCAAAGAAACUCUACCUAACAGGGAACUAUCUGCAAGCUGUCUAUAAGAAUGACCUCUUAGAAUACAGUUCUUUGGAUUUGUUGCAUUUAGGAAACAACAGGAUUGCAGUUAUUCAGGAAGGUGCCUUCACAAACCUAACCAGUUUACGGAGACUUUAUCUGAAUGGCAAUUACCUUGAAGUGCUGUAUCCUUCUAUGUUUGAUGGACUGCAGAGCUUGCAGUAUCUCUAUUUAGAGUAUAAUGUCAUUAAGGAAAUUAAGCCACUGACCUUUGAUGCUUUGAUUAACCUACAGCUACUGUUUCUGAAUAACAACCUACUGCGGUCCUUACCUGAUAAUGUAUUUGGGGGCACAGCUCUCACCAGACUGAAUCUGAGAAACAACCAUUUUUCUCACUUGCCUGUGAAAGGGGUUCUGGAUCAGCUUCCAGCUUUUAUCCAAAUAGAUCUGCAAGAAAACCCAUGGGACUGUACCUGUGACAUCAUGGGGCUAAAGGACUGGACAGAACAUGCCAGUUCCCCUGUCAUCAUCAAUGAGGUGACUUGUGAAUCUCCUGCUAAGCACGCAGGGGAGAUACUGAAGUUUCUGGGGAGGGAGGCUAUUUGUCCAGAUAGUCCAAACUUGUCAGAUGGAACCAUCAUGUCAAUGAAUCACAAUACAGACACACCUCGGUCGCUUAGUGUGUCUCCUAGUUCCUAUCCUGAACUACACACUGAAGUUCCACUUUCUGUCUUAAUUUUAGGAUUGCUAGUUGUUUUUAUCUUAUCUGUCUGUUUUGGGGCCGGUUUAUUCGUCUUUGUCCUGAAACGCCGAAAGGGAGUGCCAAGUGUUCCCAGAAGUGCCAACAACUUAGAUGUAAGUUCUUUUCAAUUACAGUAUGGGUCUUAUAACACUGAGGCUCAUGAUAAAACCGACGGCCACGUCUAUAACUAUAUCCCCCCACCUGUGGGUCAGAUGUGCCAAAACCCCAUCUACAUGCAGAAGGAAGGAGACCCAGUAGCCUAUUACCGAAACCUGCAAGAGUUCAGCUAUGGCAACCUAGAGGAGAAAAAAGAAGAGACAGCUACACUUGCUUACACAAUAAGUGCCACUGAGUUGCUAGAAAAGCAAGCCACGCCAAGAGAGCCUGAGCUGCUGUAUCAAAAUAUUGCUGAGCGAGUCAAGGAACUCCCCAGUGCAGGUCUAGUCCACUAUAACUUUUGUACCUUACCUAAAAGGCAGUUCGCCCCUUCAUAUGAAUCUCGACGCCAAAACCAAGACAGAAUCAAUAAGACCGUUUUAUAUGGAACUCCCAGGAAAUGCUUUGUGGGGCAGUCAAAACCAGACCACCCUUUACUGCAAGCUAAGCCGCAAUCAGAACCAGACUACCUCGAAGUUCUGGAAAAACAAACUGCAAUCAGUCAGCUGUGA